CCCCCGCCGCCCAAGAUGGCGGCUCCGCCCGCCCCCACAAUGCCCCGCGCGCAGCCGCUGCGCUUCCGGGUGCGGGCCCAGGAGGGCGGCGGGCCCAGUGCGAGGCUGCUUCGGGCGGAUGCGAACGAGCGGGCGGCCGGUGUCGGAGGGAGCCGCGCCCGGACCAUGAGGCUCCGACUGUGGCUGGUGCCGGCCCUGGUGCUGUUGUGGGGGCCGGGCGGGCUGGAGGCGCUGGGGCGCCCGCCGCGCUCGCAGCGCUAUGACACAGUUGAGUCCAUGCUUUCAGACUACGACAUCCUUUCUCAGUCCAGCAUCCAGCAACACUCACUGAAGAAGAGGGACCUCCAGCCUGAGACACACGUAGAGAGGCUCUUAAGUUUUUCAGCCCUGCAAAGGCACUUUAAAUUAUACUUAACUGCAACUGCUGAACACUUUUCAGAAAAAUUUCAAGCAUUAAUUGUGGAUGGUGAAGGCAAGGAAAAGGAGUAUCGUGUUCAAUGGCAAGACUUUUUCACCGGACAUGUCGUUGGAGAGCAUAAUUCCAAGGUUGUGGCACAUAUUGGGGAUGAAGAUUUUACAGUGCGAAUCAAUACUGAUGGAGAAGAAUACAAUAUUGAGCCACUGUGGAGAUUCGUAGAUGAUGUGGAAGAUGAAAGACUGCUGGUCUACAGAUCUGAAGACAUUAAAGACUUCUCAAGAUUACAGUCCCCCAAAGUGUGUGGUUAUUUAAAGCUGAAUGAAGAAGAACUGUUGCCAAAAGGACUGGAAGACAGGAAGCAAAAUGAAGCAAGCAUCCAUCGGAAGAAAAGAGCCACUCCAGAGAACUCCAAAAACACGUGCAAGAUGUUGGUAGUGGCAGAUCAUCGUUUUUUCAAGUAUAUGGGCCGUGGGGAAGAGAGUACCACUAUAAACUAUUUGAUUGAACUGAUAGACAGAGUAGAUGACAUCUACCGAAACACUUCCUGGGAUGAUGGAGCCUUCAAUGGGUACGGCAUACAGAUAGAGCAGAUUAUCAUCCACAACGAGCCAAAUUCUGUAAAACCUGGAGAAAAGCAUUACAAUAUGGCAAGAAGCUACCCAGAUGAUAAAAAAGAUGCCUGGGAUGUGAAAAUGCUGCUAGAGCAAUUUAGCUUUGAUAUUGCUGAGAAAGCAGCUCAAGUGUGCCUUGCUCAUCUCUUCACGUAUCAAGAUUUUGACAUGGGAACGCUUGGUUUGGCUUAUGUUGGCUCUCCCAGACCUAACAGCCAUGGUGGCAUUUGUCCUAAAGCUUAUUACAGUCAAAUUGCAAAGAAGGAUAUCUAUUUGAACAGUGGCCUAACCAGCACCAAGAACUAUGGGAAGACCAUCCUCACAAAGGAGGCUGACCUGGUUACGACACAUGAACUUGGACAUAACUUUGGAGCAGAGCAUGAUCCUGACAGUCUGCCAGAAUGUGCCCCCACUGAAGACGAGGGAGGGAAAUAUGUCAUGUAUCCUAUUGCUGUCAGUGGGGAUCAUGAAAACAACAAGAUGUUCUCAAGCUGCAGCAAAAAAUCCAUCCAUAGGACCAUAGAGAUCAAGGCCCAGGAGUGCUUCAAAGAGCGCAACAACAAAGUGUGUGGGAACUCCAGGGUGGAUGAAGGGGAGGAAUGCGAUCCUGGCCUCUUGUACCAACAGGCUGAUCCCUGCUGCACUGCAGACUGUAAACUGAAGGAUGGUGCCAAGUGCAGUGAUCGGAACAGUCCCUGCUGUAAAGGCUGCCAGUUUGAAAGUGCACAGAAGAAAUGCCAAGAAGCCAUAAAUGCCACUUGUAAAGGAGAGUCUUUUUGCACUGGGAACAGCAGCGAGUGUCCCCCUCCAGGGAAUGCUCCGGAUGACACCGUCUGUGUGGACAUGGGGAAGUGCAAGGAUGGAGAGUGUGUCCCUUUCUGCGAGAGGGAGAAGAACCUACGGUCGUGUGCGUGCAACGAAACGGACAAUUCCUGCAAGGUGUGCUGCCGGGACGAGCAGGACAGGUGCACCCCGUACGUUGAUGCCAACGACCAGUUCCUGUUCCUGCGCAAGGGGAAGCCUUGCACCGUGGGAUUCUGUGACACUAAUGGCAAAUGCGAGAAGCAAGUACAGGAUGUGAUUGAACGAUUUUGGGAUUUCAUAGACCAACUCAGCAUCAAUACUUUUGGGAAGUUCCUAGCGGAUAAUAUAGUGGGCUCUGUGCUUGUCUUCUCCUUACUCUUUUGGAUUCCUCUCAGCAUCCUUGUGCACUGUGUGGACAAGAAAUUGGACAAGCAGUAUGAGGAGAACACGAAGUCCCUGUUUUGCCCCAGCAACGUGGAGAUGCUCAGCAGCCUGGACUCUGCCUCCGUUCGGAUCAUCAAGCCCUUCCCCACGGCACAGUCGACGAGCCGGCACCAGCCGCUGCAGCCCCUCACGGCCGCGCCCGCCGUCGCCGCGGCGCCCAAACAGGACCACCAAAGGAUGGACACCAUCCAGGAGGACCCCAGCACCGACUCCCACAUCGACGAGGAUGCCUUUGAGAAGGACCCUUUCCCAAAUAGCAGCUCGGCCGCCAAAUCUUUUGAGGACUUGACAGACCAUCCUGUCAUUAGGAGUGAGAAAGCUUCGUCCUUUAAACUGCAGCGCCAGAACCGGGUGGACAGCAAAGAAACAGAAUGCUAGUGUCUUGCUGCCUUCCAAAUGUACAGCUUGUGUCUGCAAAAUAAGGAUCUAAAACCAUUUCAUUUCUAUAAAUAUAAAUAUAUGUAUAUAUAUUUUUGUGAGGGAGUGGGAGAAUAAGGAAGUGACCUACUGCAGAUGCUGGUCAUGUGUAUGACCUUCCUUAAAUUACAUUUAUUAGAGCAUUAUAUCUUUUAAAAAGGAAAAUCCAAACUAGAA